AUGUUUUUCACGCUGCUGGCAAUAGCCUGCAGCAUCAUUUUGCUGUACCUAUUUUUCAUCACAGAGAGGGUUCCAGGUAUCAAUAUUGAGGGGGCCAAUAUUAUUGUAACAGGCGCAAGCGAGGGAUUGGGACUUCAAAUUUGCAUAGACUUGGUCAAAAAAGGUGCCAACGUGGUACUGAUUGCUCGAAAAGAAAGUCAACUGCAAAGUUCAGUUAAAUUGCUCGAAGAGCUUAAGGCUUUCAAACACCAGAUCGUUAAAUAUGUCAUCGCUGACGUAACUGAUUUUCCCUGCAUCCGCGAUGGCAUAGAAAAAGCUGUUGAAGUAUUGGGCGGUAGGAUAGAGGUGCUAAUCAACAAUGCAGGCAUCACUCGGCCACAACGCUUUGAUGACCUAGAACUGGUUUGGUUCGAACGUGUCAUGAAAGUCAAUUACUUUGGUAACGUACAUGCCAUCAAGGCUGUCUUACCAUUUAUGAAGCAACAAAGACGCGGCCGGAUUAUUGGUAUUUCAUCCUUGGUAGGCCUCGCCUCCGUCAUGGGAUACUCCUGCUAUUCCCCCACUAAGAGCGCCAUCCGCUCUCUUUACGAAGCGCUUCACCAGGAAUACUACGCAUACAAUAUUUCGUUUUCAGUCGCUUUUCCAGCAAGUAUUCGAACAGCGUCGUAUUAUGAAGAACAAACGAUUAAGCCAGAAGAAGUCAAAUUGUUUGAAAAAUGCGACCCGGUACUCUCUCCAGAGACAGUCUCUGAGCCAAUCGUUCGAAGCUUGAAAAACUGGCGGUUUUUCAUAUCGCCCUCUGGACUCAAUUCCGAUCUUGUGUGCGCAGCGUGCGCAGGACUCUCCCCAGCUUCCUUUUCUGAAGCAAUUGUCCAAGUCUUUGGAGCCGGACUGAUACGGCUUUUUGGACUCUUUUUAUUCAAUGACAGAAUUAGGCGCAUCUCAUUGAAUAUUAGAAGCAAAAGACCUUGAUCAUGUCAUUUAUCGUACAGAUAUCUGAGACUUCAUAAAAUCCUAAUACCUGAUCUCAAUUGGACGUUUCAUUUUUGGAUGUAUUCACAAAUAUUCAACCCGU